CCUAACCCCCUACGGGUGGUGCGCGGCCACUAUCCUAAACCCCUUGGGGGUGGGCAAACCACCCCUUGCCCACCCUUAGGGUGGCUUGCGGCCAACCCCAUAGGGGUUUGGGGAUGGCUAGGGGUGGCAGCCCCACCGCUAGCCAUCCUUUCAAUUUUUUUAUUUUUUAUUUUAUUAGAUUUAAAUUUUAAAAUUAAAUUAAUAUUUUAAAGUGAGGUGAAACGAUGCGUUUUGUUUGGGACUGACGGACGUUAAAAAAUUGGGAAAUAUAUAACGGUGUGGAUUUAUUUGCCAUUUUGAUAAACCCAGGGAGUAAAAAUUCGAAAAAAAAAAACCUAGGGAGUUUUCAGUUUUGGCGCGUUAAAUCAGGGAUUUAUAAUAUAUUUACCUAAAAUAGAAUUGCACUCUUGGAUUUAUUUAAUUAUACUGGAGCUUUCACUUCUAAAUAUUGUAUUUGAUCCCUCCAUUAAAUACCCGUAGAGAAAUAAAGUCAAUUUAAUUAUUGUCACUUUCUUUCUUUCAUUUACCUCUUAAUUCAUUGCGUACCUAAUUUAAUCUCUUGAUGCAUUUGAGCUCUCACUAUAUAUUUUUUUUAAAUUCUUUUAUGAAGAAUUAUAAUAUUAUUGAAAAAAAGGGCAAAGCCCUUGUACACGAAGAAUAUACAAGAGAACUUAAACCUUAAAGACUACAAUGUAAAAAGCAGAUAAAAUCUACAAGAUUCAUCGAGUCAAAUUGAGUUAUUCAUUAACAACUUGAGAUUGAUUCAUUUAGCUUCCUCAGGCUCAUUAGCUUUAAACAACCCAUGCAGGAACUUAAGUUUCAAGUGCAAUUACUUAAACAACCGAGCUGGGACAUCCCUAAGCUUGGUUUCUUAUCAUGAACACCAGGGAUAUGCUUUAUAUGAUGUAUUUGUUCUACAGAUUGUGUGAUACUUAGUGACGAACUUCAUAAAGAUGACACUUGCAAUUUGUAAAUACAUAAAUUCUACUCUAAUAAACACUAAAUUAAAUAGAAACAUGUUGAGGGAAUAUUCUCUGUUAAUAAUUCAGAACCCUGUAAAUAAAUUUAAAUACAUUUUUAAUUAUCUUAUCAUUAGUCAGAAAAGUUCCACAUGUGAAGCACGUACUCUAACACUAGUUUCUUGAAAAAGCCAUUUACUCUAUGUUGUGAGCAUGAGUUCAUGCCAAUAUUAUUUAUGGAGGUAGCUUUUAAAUGUUGUUCUAUUCUAUAUAAUUAAUUUUGGCAUUAUACAAUAGAUAGUACACAUGAAUAUACAGUGUGGUAGCUUUUGUAAAGUCUCAAUAUCAUUCUAAUAGAGUUGGUUUUGAUCAUGGUUUUCCUCUCUGGAAAUUGAUCGUCUUAUCAUGUAAAUAGUUCCAUGCCAUACAAGUGGCUGCUUCCAAAAUGUGCGGCUGCAAUUCAUCAUGGGGGAAGUGGAAUUACUGCUGCUGCAUUACAUGCAGGAAUCCCACAGGUGGUAUGUCCGUUUAUGCUUGAUCAGUUCUAUUGGGCUGAGAGGAUGUUUUGGCUUGGAGUUGCACCAGAGCCACUGAAAAGAACUCACUUGCUUCCUGAUACAAGCGAUAACGUGAGCAUCCAUGAAGCUGCAACCGUGCUAUCAAGGGCGAUAAAUAAUGCGUUAUCUCCUAAAGUCAAAACAUGUGCGGUAGAAAUUGCCGACAGAAUGUCUCUGGAGAAUGGAGUCUUGGAGGCCGUGAAGAAACUCAAGGAGGAGCUGAGUUGCCCCCGUUAACAUAAUCAAAUUUCCCUGUUUGGGCUAUUUAUGUGGGUGAAUUACCGAGUCCACAAGACAAGUUGUGGGUUUACAGAGAUAUUUCUUCUUAGCUUUGGAACUAAGAAAAAGAUAAAAAAUUGAAGAAAAAAAAAAUUUAGAUAGAAUCAUGCUUGUAGGGAGUAAAUUAAUUUUUUGGCAUACCUCAGAGAGCACUGAGUUCAUUUUGAUACCACGAUGAGCUAAUUGUAAAUUAAGAAAACCAAGGACUGAUUUUUUAUUUUUCCCUUGUAAAAUCACACUAUUUUUCUUUGCAUUUUCUUUUCUCCAUAUAUAUGUAACU